AAAUCAAAAUCACCGGGGCGCUAAUCCGAAUCCACAAUUAAAAGUGGAAUUCCUCUUUUGGGUAAUGAAUGAAAUGGAGAUUGAAGAAAUCGAAGCGGUUCUCGAGAAAAUCUGGGAUCUGCACGACAAGCUCAGCGACGAGAUUCACUUGAUUUCCCGCUCUCACUUCCUCAAAAAACCAGCUAACAGAUCGGAGAAUAAGAAGAAGAAGAGCUAUGGCUUAGGCGAAGAGAAGAAGCGGCAGGGUUACGUCUUCAUCAAAGGAUUCGACGACGCAGCGAUUCAAGAGGCGAAGAGCCUGUACGCGAUCCGCACCGCGCUUGAGCACCUCGAAGACCAGCUCGAGUUUUUCCACACUAUACAUACACAGCAGCGAACAGAGAGAGAUCUUGCGGUUGCACGGCUGGAGCAGAGCAGGAUAUUACUAGCUAUGAGAUUGGCUCAACACCACGGCAAGAGCUACCGUGUCCUAGACCAAGCUCUUGCGUUUGUUGCCAGCAUUAAAAGCCACACUCGUUUCGUUUCGCCUGAUCAACUUUACAACUCCUCUCCAAACCCAACCGGAGAAAACUCUGCUCCUUGCGAUGGAAAUACACCCAACUUUGUGAUCAACGCCUUCGCAUCGGCUUUCGGGUUUGCCAAAAGGGCAUUUGGAUUCAACCAUGUGGGAGGCGUGCUUGGAAACGCUGCUAUAUUCUCCAUAAGCUUGGUCGCUAUGCUACAUCUUCACCAGGUGGCUACUAGUGAACAUCAUCAUCUACACAAGAGAGAAGAUACAGGAGAGAGAUGUCUUCAUCUGACAUAAGCUUGGACGUGAUGAUGGCUCGUGGUUAAAGACUAGGGGUCCAACUUGUCUACACGUGAUCAACUAAGAUGAGAAGAGAUAGUUGUUUGCACUCCAUAUGAUGUAACGGGUUUCGACUUAGAAACAACAAAAAUGUGGACAUAAUAUCUAUGCAGGUAGGUUGUGGGUUGAAUGUAUAGAGUUUGCAAAGAUGGAGUAUUAUGGCUUCAUUUCUA